AUGUCACAUGGAGAUGUUCUACCAAUUGAAUAUGAAACAGAACCAGUGGAAGAAACGAACGGCAGCGACCAAAAUACAACCGGUGUUCAGACAACAGACAACAGAUUGGGACUGGCUAGAGAUACAAGUGAACUAGAUUUACAGGAAUCUGGUAUCGCUCAACUUGAAGCUCAAAUUCAAGAAUAUCAACGUAAUAUUGAUCGAUUAGAACAACAAACUGAAACACUUCAUCAAGAAAUCGAAAAACUUACUGAAGAAGUUGGACAAUUACGUGAAGAUCUUUCUCAAGCAGAACAAAUUUUACAAGACUACAAUCAGGACCGUAAAGCACUUGAAGAAGAAAAACGACAACUUAUAAAAACUUAUCAAUCCAUUUAA